CUCCUUGUUGAUCCAUGAACGGCUAGGGUUUCUACUUCUACUAAACCAGAUUUUCGUGAAGAAGUGUUGUUUUCAACAGCAUAGGAAUCCAAAAUCAUAAACCCAUGGGUUUUCUCAACCUACUCAUGCCGCGUUCAGCAUUGAUAUCUAGCAAUUGACGACUCGCUGCCAUGGAAAAAUCUGCUAAAAGUAGUGGGUCGUCAAGCUGCUUAAGAGAAGAAAAUAGUAGUUCAAUGGAUGCGUCACAGCCCAUCUCAGUGCCUGCAAGCAAAACGGAUGAGUUAAGCUUGGCUGCUUCAUCGGGUAACCUUUCCAGCAGUACAAGUCCGCAGCCGACAGCAGGAAAAAGAUCUUCCAAGGACUUCAUUUUUGGCAGGGUCAUUGGCGAAGGGAGCUUCUCAACUGUAUAUUUGGCAAAAGACAUUCACACCAGCAAGGAACUUGCCAUAAAAGUCUGUGACAAGCGACAUGUGAUCCGCGAAAAAAAGGCUGAAUAUAUCAAAAGAGAGAAAGAAGUUCUCAAUAUGCUCAGCGUGAAUUUCAAAGCGACUGCACCAUUCUUCGUUAAGCUUUAUUGCACUUUCCAAGACCCCGAUAGGCUUUAUUUUACAUUGACCUACGCUAAAAAUGGAGAACUAUUGCCAUACAUAACCAGAGUUGGAUGCUUCGACAUAGACUGUACUCGGUUCUACUCGGCUGAGAUCUUGCAAGCCCUUGAACACAUGCACUCACUUGGAAUCAUCCACAGAGACUUGAAACCAGAAAAUAUUUUACUUAAUGAGGAAAUGCACAUUCUGAUUACUGAUUUUGGGUCGUCGAAAAUCCUGAAUGCGACUCACAGAGGUCAGGAUGUGGAGAAUGAAGAGCGAGCUGUCCGGCGACGAAAUAGUUUUGUUGGGACCGCGCAGUACGUCUCACCGGAGCUCUUGACUGACAAAAGUGCAAGUCCAGCAUCUGACUUGUGGGCUCUUGGCUGCAUCAUCUACCAAAUGGUCGCAGGAGUGACACCAUUCCACGCAGGAAGCGAGUACAUGAUUUUCCAAAAAAUUCUGAAACUUGACUAUAUUUGCCCUGAUGGCUUCAGUUCCAGCGCGAAAGACCUUGUUGAUAAACUUUUGGUACUGGAAUCUAGCAAUCGACUUGGAGCCUGUGACAAGGAGGGAUACCCUUCAAUAAAGAGUCACCCGUUCUACCAAGGGAUAGAUUUUGAAACGCUUCACCAACAGACACCGCCAGUCAUUUCACCUUACUUGCCUGGAACUUCCAGUCAUGAAGAACUUCGAAGCAAAAGUCAAAUACGCUGUGGCAUUCCAGAUAAUCUAGAACCAGGUUUGGAUGACCAGCAGUUAACUAGAUUGCUUGGGUUGGAACUAAAGGAGCCCACCAUACAUUCAAUUGUCAAGACCGAGUCGCCUCCACCUGUGCAAGAGAAGAGCAAGUCUAAAAUAUCCAUUUUCCUCAAUAUGUCAGACGAAGAGCUUAAACAGAAAUUGGAGGAGCAGAAGUCAACCUCCAAGUGGCAUCCUUUUGUUCAGGGGAAUUUGAUCUUGAAGCAAGGCCUUAUCGACAAAAGAAAAGGCCUGUUCGCUAGGAGGAGGAUGUUACUUCUGACGAUGGGACCUCACCUCUACUAUGUUGACCCGAAUAACAUGGUUUUGAAAGGUGAAAUUCCAUGGAGUUCCUCCUUGCGUGUAGAAGUAAGGAGUUUCAAAAUCUUCCUUGUUCACACGCCCAACAGAGUAUAUUAUUUGGAAGACCCUGAUGGGUACGCCUUGGAAUGGUGUAAGGCCAUUGAAGAAGUGAGAAAAGAAGCAUAUGGACAUGAGCCUUAGUUGAUUUGACAUUGAGUACAUGUGCACUGACAUCAAAUAAUAUAACUGUUAUUUAAAUUAUUAUGCAAUUAAAAGUAAUAUUUAAAUGA